CCGAUUUUCUGUUCCAUGUGUUUUUUUUGCAAUUGUCGAUUGGCAUCGGGUAUUCCUGUCGUACUUUUUGAGUUGCUUCUGCCCUCCGAGUACAUGUAUUUUUUUUGAUUUUUCUUAUGUUGAAAAGUCAUUUAUCAUACGUGAGAAAGUAACAAGCUGCACGACACGUAGUGAUUCUCAUUUGGUUGUGAGUGUACAAUGUGAAUAGAUUCCAAUUUGCAUGCCAACCGAAGUCGAUUUCAGGUCGCGGGAAGUAAUUUCAGCCUGAUUGCUUUUUUUAUCGUUUCCAGGAGCAUGACUCACCUCGUCUGCAAAGUAGCUUUCAGUUCUCUCCACUUCUUUUCCCUAACCAUUACCGCAAGUGUUUUCGUAGUCGCGCCUCUACUGACAGCAUAACUCAGCAACUCGUAGCCGCGCUCUAGCCCUCUUUUCGUGUAAAGUGGUCUUGUCAUAGUCCUGCUGUGUUCCUGUAGUCUACACGAUGCGCACAUAGUCAUGCAAUGGUUGGAUAUUGAUACUGUUACUGAGCAAUACGUACACAGUUUAGUUGCACCCACAGUUGAACUGGGAUAAUCAUUAAGAAUCAAAUUGUUUGAAACGAAAAAAUCGCACACGUCUCACGUUCUGUUCUACUUAGAAGCCCGAACAGUGUACAAAGACAAACAAAACGAAAACCUCGAGUCGAAAUUGCGAAAACGUAGCUUAUCGCGGGAUCUGUCCUCGACCAGGCAGCACUUUGAAACUGCGUUGAAACCGCCGUCGAAGUUCGCUAGUAACAAAAAAAACCUUUUUGACUUGCGUGCAAAGAUGAAUCGCCGCUCACCCCCUGCAUUCGCAGGGGCGCCUCAAGUAAAGGUGCCGCAGUUAGGAGAUGUCGUGAUCGGAAAUGAUAGCGGGGAUCGCAAAAUUCCGGUCGUGGCGCCCAAGGCCAAUCCGCUUGGGUUUGGGGCUGCUGCGCCACGCUUCUGCGGUAUUGAAUCAGACUUAUUGCGUUUUUUUUACUUGACGAGUUGGACCUGGAGUGAGCCCACCCCAACUACCAGAGACUUGCAAAAUUCGUUUUUGUAGUACCAUGAGCACGAAGUCGAAGAGGACGAAGGGAUGCGAAAAAAGAAAUGAAAAAUACAACCAUGAUACAGAUUUCAAUCCACGGCCGCGAACCGACACAAAGCAUCCAUCCUACAUGCGACCCGCGAUUCCCCUUAUGCAGAGAAAAUGUUGUGGUUGAGAAUUUGAAUUAACAGAACCGGCAUGUGUAAAUAAAGACUCGAAGCACAACUCAUGAGCCAAUUUUUUGCGAUCGUGGAGCUGGGUGUAAGCAGAUGCAGAAUACGUGGCUAGCUUGUUUAAAUUAUACCGCACAUGGCAUAAGCCGUUUUUGUACCAGUUCCGGUGCUUAGGUACUUGUCUUGCCGACAGUAUAUGGAAUGGUGGAGGAGUAAGUGUGGAUUUGCGACAAGAAUCUUGUGCUGCGCUCAACAAUGAUUUUCAUUGCAUAAGAGGUGCGGUUGUGGUUAACGGCGCGUGUGUUCUACCAAGCAGAUUGGCUUCCCCUAGCGAGAACGUGGAGGAAUUACCGGCGAAAAACGGUGACAAACCGCCACUGUCUGUACCAUCACGCGAAUUGCUCCGCUUCUACAAUACGAACCAGCACCCAGCUCGGAUCCCCAUGAAUCCGCAUAGCAUGAUGAAGAUGAAUAAGCGGGAGCGGAUUCACACCCCAUUGUUUUCGCCGGACGCGGAUUCCGCGUCCGCAUCGGCGUCGGUUUCUCCAGGUAUUGCUCCUGCGCCCAAACAACUACGACACAUCUCCGGCAAUCCACACAGCGAAAACGACCAGCUGGUCGCAAACAGUCACUUGAAAAACAACCUCGAAGCACAGUUUGGAGAGCAGGUCGACAACAAGGCCUCGAAAUUUCUUUCAAGAAACGAGGUAAAUUUUUCUUUUGGUUAGGCGUCGUCGCCUUCAACUUUCUCGUCGCCUUCAUCUUUCUCAUUGCAAGAGCCGGACAAAUACGAUUAUGCUACAAUUGUUGUUGUCAGGACGACGAUGUCGCUCACCAGAAAACAAAACAUACACUCACAACAGCGUCGAAUUCGGAAGAUCUUUGGAUCUUCGGUUUUCCUGUUCGGGGGCACAUUCUGCAAAGUCACGAAACUGCGAUUUCCACCCCAGGACGAGCAGGUGACAAGUCCGGAUAGCCGUCUCGACGCCUGCAAGCGUCACUUUCGGGAGGCGCAAAUUCUCCACGCAAUGAAGGCUGCAUCUACAACGACAUUUACCAUUGACGACUACCUGGUCACCGCGUACGGGCCGUUCGCCAGCACGCCCGAAGUUGCUGCCCAAUCUCCAACACCCUGCAUCUGCGUUGCGACGCCAGGCACCGUCUUCCGGGCGUGUGCGGCUAGGACCCCGAAGGCGUUCAAAGAUUUUCUGAAAUCUGCAGAGGGGGCGGAUCGGAAUUUGAUGUACCUUGAUGUUUCCACUUUUAGAUCUACGUACAGUUAUGGAAUAGGCGUUGCUGCUUCGAUUUGUGAGCAUAAAACAAAGACUUCCAGCAAUGCGAUGAUGAAGGAGAAUGACGUUGCACAUGAAAUCAAGAAAACAAAUAAAACAACAGCGCAAAAACGGGGUCGGUCCAUUGGAGCGGUAUGCGAGUAAUCGUCUAUUAAGUAGAUAAAGACUCUCAGGUUUCUCCCUUGCCAAUAAAAUUCGGAAAAUUUUGGCUAUACACGAAUAAACACUAUAAUUGAUCACGGCUUGAGAUCGAGUUGGUGACAGUACUGGUAUGCAGUUCAAUGUGUGCAUUUUAUGAAAACGAAACUUUUUAUAUGAGGUUGAGGAUAGGCAUAGGAAAUGGAAAUAGGAAUUGUAAAUAAAAAAGACUAACAAGACGACGAAGCACACGGUGGCCAAGACCACGAGUGACCUGAGUCGAUCAUGUAGAAUGUUUUUUCCUUCGCAUAAAGAUGGACAACGGCCUCGUUACCGACGCGCGAACCGGAAAGGUCUUCAUGAUCUCCGCGCCCAAGACCGUUCCGGUGGGAUCUUUUAGCAACGAGCGGUACGGGACGCAGUGCUGUUCCCCCACUUCGCGACUCACACGAACUACCGAGGUCGAAAAACUCCCAGUCACCGCGACGGUAGAUUUGCCCGGAAUUGCGUUCUACGCGAUCUUCAACCUCAUCGGGUCCAACAAAAAAGAUGUUUCGAUCAACGCGUAUUUUGAGAAACGAGCUUCGGGAAAUCUCCGCUUUGGUGAGGAACAGCAACUUAGCCACUCAAAAAACAUCCUCCGCGGUUUGAUCGAGGCUCUGAAGAAGGAGUCGAACAGGAUUAAACAAGGAGGUAGAAUCGAUUUCAGGAAAAAAGUAACAAUCCGACCGCUCACGAAAACCGAUGCGACAUCUCGUAAGGGGAAUCUGCACGACUGGUGCAUGUCCAUCGCGGAAACAAUCAGCAAAAUGAUCAUCUUCAAUAGCCGGAACAACUCGAAGAUUGGUGACCGUGAUGCUAUGCGAAUGAGGGAUCAAAUCCGGGCCGAUGAAAUCACCACCGCGGAGUGCUUAGAUUAUCUCUCCCUGCUGCUCUCCGAGGGGCACUUAAUCGACCCCCUCACCCGGAAGGAACUGGUUUUGACGCCGAAGUUCGAAGUCGGAUCCCUGCCGAGCCUCGCACAAGAAGAUGACAACGGCAACGACUCCUCUGUUACGUUCGGCAAGUACGUUGAGUACACGGUGAACGAAAUGAUUGCGUGCAGAUUCGGAGAGAAGGUUGGUCAGGAGAAGUAACAGCUCCUGGUGAGCAUCAACAAGCAGUUGUAGUAUUGUUUAUGAUGCCCAACAAACUCCAAUAUGACACACGACUUUGAUUUAUACUUUAUAUGUGCGUGAGGCAGAACGAAAGCCGAAGCCGAACGAGAAACGGUCUGGGAGCCUGCUAUAGUGCGUGCCUUGCGCGCGCCAUGGCAGAUUCUCAACUGCAAACGAUAUUUCGCUAAAGCACUAAACCAUUUCAAUUUUUGAAAAUACAUUUUAUGUUUAUAUAAACUCGUCUGUUUCAAUUCGAGUUAAUCUUAAUUUUCAUGUGGUCUGCAAAGAAGAAGAUAAAAAAACUUCACACGCACUAGUGCGAAACCCGCACAACCCUAGAUAAUCGGACGUGCAAACCACUAGUACCCCUUCGAAUGAAAUCGAACAUUCCUCCAUUUUCGAGCACUCUAGUAAUGAAUGACUGGCACAGAAAAUCUUCUUCAUGCAAAAAAGGUUAAGAGGCAGAGGCUGCAAUAUAGGCUCCAAGAUAAUGUCAUAAUUUCCGCAACAGAAUUGCAAUUUCUGGGGGUGCAUAAAAUCCAAUCAGUCGCGUUUUGAGAAUAUAGUUUGUGUAUGAUAAAUGAUUGUUGCAUAGACAUAGAGAGGCAUAUGCUAUAAUACCGGGGUUGGUUGAAAUAGAUUGUCAUAGAGGUAUAAAUCCAUUAUUUGGGAAAAAGAAAAGAAUGAAACAAUAGCAACAUAAGAUGGACCAAAUUUGUUCGAUUCAAAUAGAAAGGCAGCAUGGGAUACACACAGAAAGCAAAAUGUCAUUCCUAUCAAAUUUUACCUCAGCUUUCGGAAGCAAAGCCAUAUUCACAGGAGAUAUCCACACUUUGGAAAAAAAUACAGCCAAGAUAUUGGUCUACUUCUCUAUCGCCGGGUGAUCAAAUAAUACCAAUGAUG